AGGAGGUGGAGGUUUGUUCAGCAGACAGAUUUUGAUCAUUUGAGGUGGGGGGCGCAGGAGAGUUUUCACAGGCGUCAGAUUUGUGGAGGGAUGCUGAGGGUGACUUCAAAAGUUUGGGUGUACCUGUGUACCUCUCUCUCACUCAAACACACACCUCCUCCUCGUGCGCGGGGUUGUGUAACAACAGUGUGUGCACGUAGAGCAGGCAGGUCCUCCCCACUGCUGCUGUUGUGAAGCCUUGAAGGAGGAGGAGGCGGUGGUCGAGUCUAUCGAGCAGCCCGAAGGUAGAAGUUGCGCUGCAGGGGUGGGACUUCAUUUGUGCAGUCGGUCGGAGGUUCAUCUGCGGCUCUGGCUGCAGCUUUCUGCAGACCUUAGUGACGGAAACACACGGACCCCUCUGAGUUAAACAUCAAACCCUCCUCCUCCUCUUCUUCUUCUCCCUCUUUUCCCUCCUCCGGUUGGCCGUAUCUGAACGCUUCCGGAUGCGCUGACCCAGCAGCAGCUCCUCCACCAUCAGCACCAUCAUCAGUGUGAACGCCGUGUCCCUCCCUCCACCUCCCCGGGGUAGAUAAACCCGACCGGCACCGCUGUCAUCGGAUGGAGAGAGCCGCCUGAAGAAGGGAGAGCGGUGGAGUUGGUCUACCCCCCACCUCCUCUUCCUCCUUCCUCUCCACUGCGCCAAAAGAAAACUCCCGGCUGGCUGCAGCACCAUGUCCUCGGCUCAGAGUGGAGAUAUAUCAGGCUACCAUCUGAGUGUGGUGCGUAACCCGCCGGGCUGGGAGGUUGGGCUCUACCUGGUGGGCUUUUUCGUACUGCUGGGCCUGGCUGGGCUUAAUAUCUGGAAGCUGUGGAAAUCUGGAACUUUUCCAACGCCGUCUCCUUUCCCCAAUUUUGAUUAUCGAUAUCUGCAAGAAAAAUAUGGAACCUCCUUCUCGGAAGUCAGACAAAAGAGAGUGGCAGCCAAUAACCACCGGCGAACCUCCACCACAUCCAGCCGUAAGCCUAGUCUGGCCCUUGGCGACACCCCAGAUGGCUUCAGGGACCUGGGCCAUUUGGAGCUAAUGAGUAGAGAGUUGGACCCAUCAGGCAUAGCUCAGCUCAACCGAUCCAUCUCUACCGACUCACUCAGCUCAAUCUCCUCUAUUGCCAACAACUUUGGUAAUGACUUCACUGUUGGCCAGCUGGAGGUGACCCUGGAAUUUGAACCAUCCAAGCACCCGGGCCAGGGGAUGGGAUUGCUCCACAUCACCCUGCACCAGGGCAAAGACCUGCUGGAGAAGGAGGAAGGCGACUUCCCUGGCUGCUUCAUCAGAGUCUCACUGGGGCCAGAGGAGAUUAAUGUGGGAGUGACAAGGGUCCAGACAAAUGCAUUCACCGUGAUCUUCGAUGAGCGCUUCUCCAUCCCCAUGGAUUCUUCCAGCCUGGAGGAGUACAGCCUUCGCUUUGCCGCUUUUGGUAUCGAUGCUGAUGAGAGAAAUAUCAGCGCAGGCGUUGCAGAGCUCAAGCUGUCAGACUUGACCUGACCAUCAGACCAUUCAACGGCCUGGCUCUAUCUUCAGGAUGUCAAUAAGGCAGUGGAUGCAGUCGGGGAGAUCUUGUUGUCUCUCAGCUAUUUGCCAACAGCAGAGCGUCUCACUGUGGUUGUGGCUAAGUGCAAGAACCUGGUGUGGACCAAUGGCAAGAACACCGCAGAUCCAUUUGUCAAAGUCUAUCUGCUGCAAGAUGGCAGGAAAAUCAGUAAGAAGAAGACUUCCACCAAGAGGGAUGACACAAACCCCAUUUUCAAUGAAGCCAUGAUCUUCUCUGUGCCGUCAAUCGUUCUGCAGGAGCUCUCUCUGAGGGUGACGGUGCAGAGCCACAGACGAUGGCCGGGGUGA